GUGGCUUUUGAUAUAUAAUUGUUAAGCAACAGACGUGAAGAUGAUAAGAGGCGUGUUACCAAGAAGCAGAAUGUUGGGAUUCUGCGUUCCAAAGCGAGGAUUCUCUAGUUUCAGUGGUCUUUGUAACAAGGCAGCAGAAUCAGCAAAGAAGUUUGAUUCACCCCAAGAGCAUAUUGCCAAAAAGCAAUUGGAACAAAUAGAAGAACAAGCAUAUCAGGAAAGCUUAUUGAAUGACGAGUUUGAGUAUGCUCCUAAAUACUUAUCGAGUGAAAAUAUAGAUCCUUUAAGUGGUAGACCAAUGCCAAUAAAUGUUGAGUUAUUAAAAUAUAAACCAAUAACACUUCCACAAACCCAUGGGCAUCAAGCAGCUCAAAUCAAGUUCAAGAGUUUUGAUCAAGAAAGUUUAACCAGAGCUUCUGAAUUUGCUGGAAGAGCUGCAUUUUAUUUAGGUAUUCCAUGUAAAAAUGUCCAACCAUUGAAAACUGAAAGAAGAUUAUAUACAGUUAUUAGAUCACCCUUUGCUCAAGCUAAAUCAAAAGAAAAUUUCCAUAGAGUAACCUAUCAAUGUAAAUUAACUGCAUUUGAUGCCAAUCCAGAAGUCAUUGAAUUAUGGUUAUCCUUCAUAAAUAAAUACGCAAUUGAAGGUGUUGAAUAUAAGGCAUCCAUUCAUACUAGAGAAGGAUUAGACUUUGUUGAUAAAUUAGAUAAAUUAACCAGUGAAGACUUGAAAUUACCUGAAGCUUAUGCUGAUCUUGAUGAUCCUAUAUCUGCUAAGGUUCAACAAAUAUUAAAAUCUGAAGAUUUUAAGAAAUUUUUCGAUCAAGACGCAAAGAAAUAA